AUGACCAUCCCCACGGCAGAUGCACGUACUAAACAGUUUCUCUCGAUCGAACUGGAUCACGAAUGGGAAGAUUUAGCUCUGGAUGGAACAACAGUUGUCAACUUUUUGGGACUGUUUAUGGUGUCUGCGUCACGACGUGAUAUCAUUUUGACUCCACGAGCAGGAUACUCCAUCCAGUUCAUUCAAAAUACAAACUCUUUGCAUGCCACACUUUUUCAAGUCGCAUCAACUAUGCAAAUGACUUUCCGAGAUGCACAUGAAGAUCUUGUUCGCACUUGUCUGUAUAUGGAUCAAAUUCCAGAACACAUUAAAGCCGCCCUCAUUCUUAUAAAAACUGCAUCCAAUGAUCUACUUAAGAAGCUUCUACCGUAUACUCUACGUAACGUCGAUUAUGCUACUAGUGAAGCUUCAACUAUUAGCAAACCGAUACUAUUACGCUUUGUUCAAGUGGGAAAAUUGAUUGACGAAGUAGUUGCCGUACUUUCAUCUACUCUGUCGGGUAUGGUUUCGAAUAUCGAUGAUUAUUAUUUUCUAAGUGAAAUCGAAGUCUAUGCAAUUGAUGUUCAAGCGAAAUGGUAUCAAUUAGUUGAACUUUUCAUCAAAUUUUCGGACAUAGCCGAACUCAUUCGUAAAAAUACCAAACAAAACUUUGUGAACCCUGUUCAACAAGCGCAAAAUGGAAAUGGUUUCAAUAUCGAGGCUGAUCGAAUGGCCCAUAUGAGAACACUUAUUCCCUCAACGAUUACUAUCGAUCAAUUAACGCAUUUGUUGCGAAUGAUGGCCGACACUUAUGCUAAUAUAUCUAAUGAAUAUAUGAUUACACAAGUUGCUCAGAUUGGUCCCCUUCUCAAUCUACAAACGAACUCAAUGCGCACAACUAAUCAUCGUGACUUAUUCCAAAAAACAGUAGCACAAUCUGUUAAAGUUGCUCGACUUACGCUGGCACAACGAACUGAAUUUACUAAGGCGGAUAUUGGUCGCCAGAAGGAAUACAAAGAUUUUCUUCUAGAUACUGUCGUUGCUGCUUGA